AUGGCCUCGCAAGGGACUGGGUAUGACCUCUCGGCGAGUACCUACUCGCCGGAUGGUCGUAUUUUCCAGAUUGAGUAUGCUAUGAAAGCUGUGGAAAAUGCCGGCACGGCCAUUGCCGUGCGCACCAAAGAGGGCGUCGUCUUCGGCGUCGAGAACCUAAUCCAGUCCAAGCUCAUGGUGCCGGGCUCGAACAAGCGUAUUUUUGGCGUGGACCGUCAUAUUGGCCUUACGUCGGCUGGUCUCACGGCAGAUGGGAAGCAUCUGGCGGGUCGGGCGCGUGAUGAAGCCAACAACUUUUUCGAUACAUACAAGCAAAAGACCCCGGUCAAGACGUUGGCCGAGCGUGUGGCGUUGUACGUCCAGGCGUUUACGCUCUACUCGUCCGUACGUCCCUUUGGUGUGGCUGCGAUUCUGGGCGGUGUAGAUGAGGAGCGUGGGCCACAGCUGUUUGUGGUCGAGCCCUCCGGGAUGUUCUUGGGGUACCAUGGCUGUGCAAUUGGAAAAGGCAAGCAGUUUGCCAAGACAGAGAUUGAAAAGCUGAACCUGGACGAGAUGUCCAUGGAGCAAGCCGUGGAAGAGGUGGCUCGCAUCAUCUACAAGGCUCAUGAAGAUAAUAAAGACAAGGAGUUUGAACUGGAGCUUUCAUGGGUCGGUCCUCAUGGCCGGCAUGAGAGCGUGCCUGCGUCGCUUCGGGAUGCGGCGAUUCGUAAGGCGGUGCAGUCCUUGGAAGAGGAGAUGGAAGAUUAG